AUGGUUUUCCAAGCUGCCAUUUUUUUAACUACUAUGCUCGGAAUUGAAAUUUCCAUUGGAAUAGCCCUAAAUACAUUUAUUUUAAUAACAAGUUUGGGUUUGUGGCUGAAACACCGAAAUUUGAAAACUAUUGACCUAAUCCUCGUAUGUCUUGGAAUGGCUCGAUUUCUUCUACUGAUCAGUGGUGCAGUAGGUGUUUCGUCUGUACUAGUUAUUCAUUGGCUUUAUAGACUAAACGGGUUUCUUAAAAUAUUUUUGGCUUUUGCAGACUUUGCUAACUUCUGCAGCCUCUGGUUUGGAACUUUGCUUUGUGUCUUCUACUGUGUGAAGAUCACGAACUAUAACCACAGGCUCUUCGUCCAGCUGAAGAUGAGCAUCUCCAGAAUGAUUCCCAGGCUCCUGUUGGUAUCUGUCGCUUUUUCUUUUGUGUCUGCUCUGCCAUUUGGAUUGUAUGUGUAUGAAAUGCCCUUCUACAACUCCACAAAUAUUACCGGCGAUGCCAACGAACGACAGGAUAUUUUGGUGGUCAAUUACGUCAAGGGCUCCUUGUUUUACUUAGCAGGAGCGGCGGUACCAUUGACUAUAUUUUGUACCACAAUGUACGUUCUAAUCAGAUCAUUAAAGAGCCACCUUGAUCAUAUGAACACUAUGAAUGCUGGCUUCAGGAACCCUAGGCUUAAUGCCCAUAUAAAUGCUAUUAAAAGUAUGCUGUGUUUCUUGUUCUUUUACCUUAUCUCUUUUAUAAACUGUGCUACUAGUGCGAAUAUAAUGACUGGAAAGCCGACGCUUCUAGUUCACCAAACCUAG